AUGCAGUCUGCUGCACCGAAGACCUCCCCCGGCGGGGGCACAGGCUCCAGCUUAGCUCGAGCGAUCAUUAUCGUCGCCGGUGUAUCAGCUCUGGUGGCAUCGCUAUUAUCUUUCAUAAAGAACUAUCGAAAGCCAUUACUGCAAAGAUAUGUCGUGCGCAUACUUCUGAUGGUGCCUAUCUUCGCCGCAGCGUCAUGGACGAGUACAAUCUCUCUCACGGCAGCGCAAUUUCUCGACCCUAUCCGUGAUAUAUAUGAGGCAUUUACUAUCUACACCUUCUUCCAGCUUCUUAUCAACUUCCUUGGUGGCGAAAGAGCGGUGAUCAUCAUGGCUCAUGGACGCCCACCUGUGUCUCAUGCCUGGCCACUUAGCCAUUGCCUACCGAAGAUUGAUAUCUCCGACCCACACACUUUUCUUGCUGUCAAACGGGGUAUUCUGCAAUAUGUUGUGCUGAAACCUAUCCUGGCAAUUACAUCCAUUGUGAUGAAAGCCACAGACACAUAUCACGAAGGUUAUCUCGAUCUCGGGUCAGGCUACCUGUGGUCUAGCAUUGUAUACAAUGCUAGCGUCACUCUCAGCCUCUAUUCGCUGGCGAUGUUCUGGGUGUGCCUGCAUGACGAUCUUCUCCCAUUCCGCCCCGUUCCCAAAUUUCUCUGUGUAAAACUGAUUAUCUUUGCGUCGUAUUGGCAAGGAUUCUUCCUGUCAAUCCUUCAAUGGCUGGGUGCUUUUGGGAACGGUGUUGGCGGAUAUACCCCUAACAACCUUGCUGCAGCAAUUCAAGACACAUUGCUCUGUUUCGAAAUGCCUUUCUUUGCUGUUGCACAUUGGUAUGCGUUCUCGUGGCAUGACUAUGCGGACCCUACCGUUUCUGCGGCGCGUCUCCCUGUGAAACAUGCACUGCGCGAUGCAUUUGGAGCUCGAGACCUGAUAGAGGAUGCUAAGAUGACCCUCCGGGGAGACAAUUACGACUACCGGCUGUUCGACUCGGGCGACAACAUCAUCGCUCAUGCAGAAUCUGGUUCCCGCGUUAAAAGAGUCAUGGAGGGCAUGCGUUACGAGCGUGGAGGAAAAGCCAAGUAUUGGAUUCCAAAGCCUGGCGAAAACGCGAAGCCGGGUGAAGCAGAUAGCCGUACCCCACUGCUUGCUGGCCGCGACUCUAGUGGCCGCAGAGGCAGCGAUCGCGGCAGUCGCACUCCCACGGACCGAUAUCAGACUAAUGGAGAAAUUGAAACAACGCUAGACGACGAGGAUGAGAGACUCUUCACGAAUGCGCGGGCCCUGGAGUUUGGGGACUGGAACUACCCGGUCAUCACAGCCAACGAAAUCCCGCGAGAUCAGCGGCUUCCCGUUACCAGGAGCUACCAAGCUUCCAACGCGGCCCCUCCUGGUGGGAAGGUGAAAAAGUCCCGCACGCACCGAAAAGGGAGAGCAUCGGGCAGCGACAGCGGGCGGAAUCAGAAGGCCAGCACCAACAAAUCGUCUACAUUGGCCGAUGAGCCUGGUACCUUGCAGCGCCACGCAAGCUCCACGAGUUCCCACAAGUCCCACCGAAGCCAGCUGGUCGAUCUUGUUGUGGAGGACCAAGGCAGGGAGGAACAAGCACGCCUCCAAACGCAGCGAGAAGUGGGCUCCGAUGCAACUGAGGCUGACCUCCGGCGCUUUUCGAGACCAAGCGGACAACCAAUCGAAGAGGAGGAGCCCGAGCCUCCGACCAGGGAAGACCCAGCCGAGGCGCCCCGUGAAGAUGGACCUGCCACUCGAUGGACCUACGGUGCCCUGGAGGAGGAUGAAAAUGUGUGGGGCCGGUAA